AUGCACUGCACCAUCUGCGGCGUCAGCUUCCGUAUUGGCCGCAUCCGCACCCGUCACGAACCCCGCUCCUACGCCUGGUGCUAUUACGGCGGCGACAUAUGCAAUCAACUCGCCCUCCCCGAUAUAGACUGCUCAUCCUCCCUAGGUUGCACCUUCGUCGACCGCAACAAAUCAACCGACGACUUCCAUUCCCUCGACUCGGAUCCCGAAAUCCUCUUCCCGCCCGAUGGUCAGCUUCCCGACGAAGCCGAACACAGUAAACCCGCCGCCGAGGACGACGACAUUACGAAUGAAGCUGUGCGACCACCCGCCUGGAGUCCUGCGCCGGACGACGAACCCUGGGAAGCGAGCUCCAAAUGGAUGCUGACCGGCAUGACGACCAAGACCGAAGAACGUGAGGUGCCAGAUGAAGGGGACUGGCUUCCCUUCCGGCACGGCGUGACGGAGUUCUUGGCGGAUGAUUACCAUUUUGACAACGGUUACGACUUUCGCACGGCCAUGCCGUUUCAUCCGUGGUGUUUGGAGGUAUAUCUACGGGCUGCAUUGGCACAGAAGGGGAGAGUAGACGUGGACGGAUUAGGGGAGUGGUGGGAGCAGAGCGAUAGGCUGGGCGGGCCGGACGAGGUGGAGAGAUGCAUGGCAUUGGAGACGUGUCAGGGGCAGUGGUGGGAUCAUGAGAAGGAAUUCGCAUUUCUCAUCAUGGAUCCGUUGAAGGAUGAGGGACUAAUGGGGAUAUUGAAUGAGGCAAGGGAGGUGGAGCAUGGCUUCGAUCCGUCGCAAAGUGCCUUUUUGGAGAGAAACUCUCCUCCACCUACAACCGACGAGCAGCACGACCCAUUCCUCACCCUCCCACCGGAACUUCUACAGCACAUCCUCACCUUACUCCCCACACCCUCCAUCGGCGCUGCACGAACCGCCUCACGAGCUUUCACCCACAUCCCCAUCUCCUUCUUCCACCACCUCCUCCGCAAAGACUUUCCCUGGAUCUGGGAGGUCGAUCUGGACACUUCCGUCGCUUUGCCAAGGUACUCCAAGUGGACGCAAAAAGUAGUCGACGACGCUCGCGAACCGGAGAGGGAUAAUUUUGAUCCGCCGGACGACGAAGCUGGCAAUGAGGGUUAUAACAUCCCGCCCGUUCUGCCGCGGUUCCAGACGAAUUGGUUCAAGUUGUAUGCUGCGUUGAAGAAAGCUGGGCAUUCGAUUCCGGGUCUCAGGAACCGUGAACGGAUUUGGAGGGACUGUGGACAGAUUUUGAAGAAGAUUGAUGAGAUGAGAGUGAAGGAUGAGGAGGCGGCAAAAUGGGCUUGA